AUGCAAUGUAAGCACAUAGAGACCAACUUUUUUGCAGUUGCUCAACCCUUCACACAAAUGAACUCACUCAUUACUACAUUCGAAAUCAUCGUAAUAUUCAAUACAUAGUUCACGCUUGAAUGUCUUCCAAACAGGCCCUCGUUUUUGGUGCUUCUAGAAUCUCAGGAGUUCGUGGGUGCCUUUUUCAUCGUCUUUCUUUUAGGUGUCGAUUCUUGUAACCAUAAGAGAAACCUUUCUUCUUCUUACUUAGGCUCAAUUCUGAUUUCAUUAGAAUUAUUAAAAAGAUAAUACUAAUACCUGGUAGUGGGCAAUCGCAACAGCUUGCUCUUUCUCAACCUUCUCUCGCGUCAUAGCAUUAGCAAACAAACCACUAGGCAAAGACGCUUUUCUUCUUCAAGGAGAUGAAUCUCAAAAGUUAGAUGUCUAUGAUGGGAUUGACCUGACAUCUGGAGUGGAAAAUGUCAUCAGAAAGCUUCAAGAAAUUGAUGGAAUCUAG